CCUCUCCGUCUUCUUUCUCCAGUCCACUUCUUCUUCGUCGUCGUCUUCUACUUCUUCGCUUUUGGUUCUCUCCUAGAUUCGCUGCUGCUUCUUCUAGGGUUCGCAGAUCUAAGACGGCUCUUACUUCCCAGCUCUGCUCUUCGCUCUCUUGCUCUUCACCAUGUUUUGGAAGCUCACAUCUCUCUCUGCCUCCUCGCCUGUGGAGACGGUGCUAGACAAGGAGAAUUUCACGUUGGAAGAGCUUCUGGAUGAAGAAGAGAUUAUCCAAGAAUGCAAAGCCUUAAACACUCGACUCAUUAAUUUUUUACGGGAUAGAGCCCAAGUGGAGCAAUUACUCCGUUAUAUUGUUGAAGAGCCUCCUGCGGAUGCUGAAAGCAAACGAACCUUCAAGUUCCCCUUCAUUGCAUGUGAGGUUUUUACAUGUGAAAUUGACGUAAUUUUAAAGACUUUGGUGGAGGAAGAGGAGCUCAUGAACUUACUCUUCUCCUUCUUGGAACCAAAUCGUACCCAUAGUGCCCUGCUGGCUGGGUAUUUUAGCAAGGUUGUUGUAUGCCUUAUGAUACGGAAGACAGUCCCACUUAUGAAUUAUGUUCAAGCCCAUCAGGAUGUUUUCAGGCAACUAGUUGAUUUGAUAGGAAUUACAUCUAUCAUGGAGGUUUUGGUUCGACUUGUUGGCGCGGAUGACCAUGUGUACCCCAAUUUUAUAGAUGUGAUGCAAUGGUUAGCUGAGAGUAAUCUGCUAGAGAUGAUUGUAGACAAACUGAGUCCAUCUAAUCCUCCUGAAGUUCACGCUAAUGCGGCGGAAACACUUUCUGCUAUAACUAGAAAUGCCCCAUCGGCCCUAGCGACCAAACUUUCUAGCCCAAGUUUCGUCACAAGGAUAUUUGAUCAUGCAUUGGAAGAUUCACUAUCAAAGUCUGGCCUUGUUAACUCGCUUUCUGUCUGCAUAUCUUUGUUGGAUCCCAAAAGAUCAGCAGCUUCAUCACCCUUGUUUCAUUCUUUUCGGAGCCAGCAUAUGUACGAGUCUCCAAUCCCUGUUAAUCCAGACACUGUCACUGCAAUGCUCCCGAAACUCGGUGACUUGCUUACGCUUUUGAACGUGGCAUCGGAUGAGAAAAUAUUGCCGACAACAUAUGGAGAGUUAAGGCCUCCACUUGGAAAGCAUCGUCUAAAGGUUGUGGAAUUCAUUGCUGUUCUAUUGAGAUCUGGCAAUGAAGAUGCAGAAAAAGAACUGGUUAGCUCGGGAACCAUCCAACGGGUCAUUGAUCUUUUCUUUGAGUAUCCGUUCAAUAAUUCAUUGCAUCAUCAUGUUGAUAGUAUUGUAUUAUCAUGUUUGGAGAGCAAGAUCGAUGCCAUUGUGGACCAUCUUCUUCAAGAGUGUGAUUUAGUGGGAAAGUUCCUCCAAACAGAUAAACAUCCCCUUGUUACUGGCGAUACCAAUAAGCCAACAUCACCUGCUGUGGGAAAAUCGACUCCACGGGCAGGAAACCUUGGACACAUAACACGAAUCUCUAAUAAGCUCAUUCAGUUAGGGAACAGCCAAAGCCGUGUUCAGGCAUGCCUGCAGGAAAAUAGUGAAUGGAAUGAGUGGCAAGCUACAGUUUUGCAAGAGCGCAAUGCAGUUGAAAAUGUCUAUCGAUGGGCUUGCGGGCGGCCAACUGCAUUGCAAGACAGAACAAGGGAUAGCGAUGACGAAGAGAUGACUGACAGAGAUUAUGAUGUAGCAGAGCUAGCAAACAAUCUAAGCCAGGCUUUUAGAUAUAAAAUAUAUGGGAAUGAGGAUGCAGGAGAGGACCAUGGAACUCUUGAUCGAGAUGACGAGGAUGUGUACUUUGAUGAUGAAUCUGCUGAAGUGGUCAUAUCAUCCCUGAGGCUCGGUGAUGACCAUGGGAGCAGUUUAUUUACAAAUUCAAACUGGUUUGCAUUCCAAGAUGAUAGAAUUGGUAAUGCAUCUAUGGAUGCGUCACCCUCCGACAUGAUGGACGAUGUAAACUUGAAUGGGACUGGGAAUGGCGGAAAUAGUAGCAGUGAUGAUGAGGUUGUGGUAGGGGAGGAUGAUGAGUUGGGUGGAAGUAAAGACUCUGUCAAUGGCACAUCCAGUUCCAGCAAAGACCAUUUGAAUGAACCGAGUGGGAGUGGUUCCGUGAGUGCUGGAAACCUGAACCCAGGGGAUGAGAAUGCAAGUGCCUCGCAUGAUAUGGGGUUCUUCAGAUUUGAGUCUACUGACAAUGAGGAUUUGUUUGGUGACAGGCCUUCGCCUGAAUGGGUAAGUUGGGGUGAAUCAUCUGAUUUGCAAGUUGGUGGUGCAAGUGUAAAUCCAUUUGAGGAUCACAAUGACUCUGAUGUGAAAUCUUCCACUCAACCUGAGCUAGUGAUACCUGAUACUAGUUUGCCUUCAAGUGGAGGAGAAUCUAUACUUCCAAAUGGUUCUCCAACCACCACUAAUACUUCGAGUGAAGGGUCAGAGGGCAGUGAUGCAACCCAAAAAACAGGUGCUGUACCAUCAUUGUUUGAAGAGGAUGUUGAAUUUGUUGGUGUGGAAUUAGAAGGUACGGAGAAGGCUAUGGAUCAGGCUCUUAAAGAGGGAAUAGUUGGGGAGGCUGGGCCAUUGAAGAAAAACAUCACAUCAAAGGUGGAGAAGGAAAAUUCGGAUGAGGAUGGGCCAGCAAACAAGGAGUUCAAUGAUGCCAAUUAUUGGCGUGUUGAUCAGAAGGUUGCUGUUUUGGAGUAAUAAGGGGUUGGUGAUCCCACUUAGGGUUGCAAAUCUGAAAUUGGUCUGACGGCUAUAGGUCUGACUUUGGGAUGGAAAUGGCUUGCGCAGGAGUCAUAUGUACAGUAUACUAUUGUUACGAAAUGGGAUCAAAUGGUAGGUUGUGUUAUGGGUAUUUCUGUUUAUUUGUUGUUAUUCAUUGUUUAUUAUUCAAGGUUUUGUUCUUUUUAUGUUCUAAUACUGAUUAUGGGAUUAUCGGGUCCAUUUUUUUAAUUGCUGGAAUCAUUCUUAAUGUGGAACCUGGACUCCUUAAUUAUUGGUUAGGUAU